GCAACACUGAGUCACAACAACGUCCAACCUCUAUUUUUGUGAUUUAACUAGUUUCUACGCCAAAUAAGGACUGAUGCUGUCACCGCGCGAGGAUGACGACGACGACAGCCACCUGUGCAUUAAGUGCAACUCCACCAUCGUCGGACUCGACAACUAUAUCAAACACAGGAAAGAACGAUGUGGGAAGAAGAUUGAAACCGCCAAACCUGAUCUACCCCCUAUCGAUCCCCUCGAACCCACCUACAGCCUCGGAGCUGACGUCUUCUUUCAGUCAUUAGAACUCCAAAGUAGCGUGAAGAAAACUUCCUUAGCAAGAAUCACUCCACCGAUACCAAUACCCAAAGCCAAUCUUGAUAGAAAAAGUGCUUUAGCUAUUGCGUCUACUUCCAGAGAUACGCCGCGAAUGAGCCCUUUAGAAACAAACUUAAGAGGCGAAGAUUGGAUUGGUGGGCACAGCUUAAGGAUAGGCGUGAACGAAGAUAACCAGACCAAAUUGAUAAACGCUGUUGCCAGUAUCAGUGGGGCAGUGAAGAAAGAAAUCCCAACUUCUUCAUAUAGCAUGGGGUAUAAUGAUUAUAAAGGUGACGAAGACUCAGAGGAGUCUGAAGAAUCGGAAGAUGAUGACGAUGAAGAAAUACAUCCUACUGGUGGCAAAUGGAAGCCACCGCCUAAUUACACUGGCGGGAAGUGGAGGCCAGCUUCUCCUGAUCACGAGGAUUAUUUCAUAAGAGAUAUACAAGAACACACUGGAGGGAAAUGGAAACCUUUCUUAGCAGACACAAACGACCGCGAUGAAGACUACGAUGCUCCUCCGCCAGGACACACGAAAGGCAAAUGGGUCCCAGGAGCUCACGAGAAAACCCAAAUAAUGCAAACGACUAUACAAAGUAAAGGCUCGGUGCAGUACUGGUGUGGCCCUUGCAACAGGAGGUUGGGCUCUAGAGCUAUUUACGAGAAGCACCUAAUGUCGAACCUGCACAUGAGAAAAGUUCUACCAGAACAUGAAUUGGAAUUUUCUGGUCAUUUGCAACCUGUCAGGAAGACAGCAGAAAAGAGAACCACUAGACCUUCGCGUUUUGUUGACGAAAGCCUUUACACUCAAUCUAAAAAAAUGAAGCGUGAUGCGCAAUUAGAUUCGAAUGUAAAUAAGCAGGUCAAAAAGAAAAGGAAAAGAAAGCCUCUCUUCGUCCAUUGUUCUGGUUGCAGGUCCAGAGUGCGACUUCAUUUGAUGGGGAAGCAUCUUAUAUCACAUUAUCAUUUUAGAAAAACUACGGAGACAGAAAGCUCUAGCUAUAAACAGUUAAUUCUUAGCAAUAUUACUGCUAUAGUUCACCAGUCUCCCUUCCAAUGUAGCCCCUGCAAAUUCUAUACCAACUGGCUUUCAAAUUUUAUGCAACAUUGCUAUUCAGAAGAACAUGAACAGAAAAUAACAUCAAUCGACGGGAGAUAUUGGUGCUCGUUCUGCAAGUUUGAAUGUGAAACGUCCAAUGAAAUGUUACAACAUUUGUCUGGUUCUGAACACAGUGAAGUAAUUGCAGUUAUUAACAGAUCGAUGCCAAUCAUUAUAAGAAAAAAGUCAAUAAUAAGAUGCGAAACGUGUCACCAAGAAUUUAGGUAUAAUAUUGAAGUCAAACGACAUUGUGUCAAAACCGGCCACAAAAUGUGCUAUACUGCUACUGAUGACCAUCAAGAAUUCCACAAAUGUGGAUAUUGCAGCACAAAAUUCAAAUCUUCGUUGACAUUGGCAGCUCAUUUAAAGUCCAAACAUAAGAAACAAGCUUUCUUAUGCCUCGUCUGUUCACGGUCAUUCACCUCUUCAGAAGAAGCGAAGCGGCAUCGACAGACUUCAGAACAUCGGAUUAAGAGAAAAGAAAACAUGAGGGAAAAAGGUAUCAUUACGAAGGAGUUGAUGAAGAAAUGCCCGUACUGCCCUGUGAAAACAAUUUUAAACAAUGUUCUAGAACUCAAAGAUCAUAUUAGCAAAGUUCAUCCGGAGAAGAAAAGGAAGUGUCCAAACUGUGGGAUGGCUUUCAUCUUACCUCAAGAAGUAUCUCGCCACGUUCGAGCCAAAGCCUGUCAGUUCACGCGGACCCCUCUCAAUGCUUCCAUACUGUGGAACUGCAGCCAAUGUCUCUUCUCAACCGACUCCCAAGCGGAAUGCUUCUUUCACGAAGUGUUGCACUCUUCGCCACAAAACGAAAUCCGCCGUACUGGUGAGAAAGAGAAGGCGGUUCAGAAAUAUACUUGUCCUCUUUGCCCAAAGAGUUUCACUAAAGCUUCACUACGCCGCCAUCUCAGACAGCACACGUUUGAAAGGCCUCACAUCUGCAGAGUGUGUGGAGCCAAUUUCACUAGGCAGAGCUCCUUGGAUAACCACAUGAGAAAUGAGCAUGGUCCAGGAGUGGCCAAACUACCGAAAAUAGCGGAAGAGAUUGAACUCAGAGAAGAAUUCGUAUGUAGCAAGUGUAAGAAGAGCUUUAGUAACAAAAGCGCUUUAUCACGCCACGAUCCGAACUGCCGGGUUGACGAAGAAAGACAAUGCUCUCAUGAACACUGCGCUUACAUCGCUGCUACGCCUAUGCAACUUAUCAAACAUCGUCGGGCACAUGGCGAGAAAAUCAAACACCACGAAUGCCUUUAUUGCCCUUUUCAAACAGACCAGGCUAGUCACAUGAAAAGACAUAUGGUUUGCCAUGAAGGAAUCAAACCGUAUGCCUGUCCACAUUGCCAAUUUACCUGCGCUAGUUUAGAAAACCUCCGAAAACACGUCCUACGAAGCGGUAGACAUCUAGGGCUUUUUCUUUAUAAAUGUUACUCAUGCGAAUACCAAACUAACUUGGCAACAGAUCUACGGUUCCAUCUUACUGAUACACAUUCUGAUAAAUAUGAUGCAAAGACAGCUAUUCAGUCUGUGAAGACCCAUUUAAUGAUACCAGAAUUUCGAACAGCACAAGAAGUAAAAACUGAAACUAUACGAGAAUAACAUAAGUAUGUAGACUAUAAUAUUGUUUCAUUUAUUGCAAUUAAAUGUUUGUACAUAAUUAA